GUGGUCUUCGAGUUAUUUUUCUGUGUUUUAGAGCUCGUGUGGAAAUCGUUCGAGUGCAUAGUCAAUUAAUAGUUUCAAUAAAAUUUAAAGCAAGUUGACUACCGCCCUUUGAAGGAAAACAUGUUUCACUUGAGACCGAAUAAUUUGAUGCGGCUGUCCUCAUCGCUAGCUAAUGUUCUGCGUGCUAGAAAGACGGUGGUUCCAUCAGCUAAUUACAAUAUUCGGCUUUUUUCCUUGUAUCCGGUCGAUGAUGCCUUAUUCGGCCUUACCGAGGAUCAGCAGCAGAUGCGAGAGACUGUGAGGGGCUUUGUUCAAAAGGAGUUGGCUCCAUUUGCUGAUGAGAUCGACAAGAAGGAUGACUGGGAUAAGAGGAAGGAUUUUUGGCGUCAGCUGGGCUCCAUGGGCCUGCUGGGUAUCACCGCUGAUCCGGAGUUCGGCGGCUCAGGUCUGGGGCUCAUGGAGCACUGUCUGGUGGUGGAGGAAAUGUCCCGAGCGGCAGGAGGAGUGGCGCUCAGCUAUGGAGCUCAUAGUAAUCUCUGUGUGAAUCAGAUUAACCGACAUGGUACAAAGGAACAGAAGGAGCGGUUCUUGCCCAAGCUCUGCUCCGGCGAGUUUUACGGCGCGCUGGCCAUGUCCGAAGCGGGCAGCGGCUCUGAUGUCGUCUCAAUGAAAACCCGAGCUACUCGCACCGAGGGCGGUUACAUCCUCAACGGCACCAAGUUCUGGAUUACAAAUGGCCCCGUGGCGGAUGUUCUAGUGGUGUACGCCAAGAGUGAUUUGGAGUGUAAGCCACAGCACGGAAUUACGGCGUUUUUGGUUGAGAAGGGAAUGAAGGGGUUCUCGACGUCGCCCAAGUUGGAUAAGCUGGGCAUGAGAGGAUCGCCGACCUGUGAACUGGUGUUUGAAGACUGCUUCGUGCCGGACUCUAACAUCCUCGGCCCAGUUGGUAAGGGAGUCUACGUCCUGAUGACUGGCCUGGACUUGGAGAGACUGGUGCUGGCUGCUGGACCGGUCGGUAUAAUGCAGGCGGCGUGUGACGUCACAUUCGACUACUGUCACCAGAGACAGCAGUUUAACCAGCCCAUCGGUCACUUCCAGCUGAUGCAGGGUAAGCUGGCAGACAUGUACUGCGACACCAGCGCUUGCCGUUCCUAUCUCUACAGCGUCGCCCGCGCCUGUGAUAACGGUCAUGUCUCAGGCAAGGACUGCGCAGGGGUUAUCCUCUACUGCGCCGAGAAAGCCACACAGGUGGCGCUCCAAGCGGUCCAGGCGCUCGGAGGUAAUGGGUACAUCAACGAUUAUCCCACAGGUAGGCUUCUGAGGGAUGCGAAGCUGUAUGAAAUCGGUGCGGGUACGAGUGAAGUAAGGAGGCUGGUGAUUGGCAGGGCGCUCAACGCGGAGUAUAAGUAGGGAGAUGGGGUUAUAGGUGGCGCUGGUGGUAUAUAGGUAGCGUGGCGGGCGUAUAGUUGGCGCUACCCAAAUGCCACAGGCUGCGCUAUCUGGAGGAUUCAGGUUACGUUGCGUAUUCUAGAAAGUGAUGGUGAAAACGGUGAAUUUAACUGCUCUCCGGCACAUUCAAACGGCUCCCCAAUCGACGAAUGAUAUUUGACGCGACACUGAAGUCAUUGUGACCGGUUGUAUAGUCUCCAAGUUAGCUGAGUUGCUAGGAUUUACAAGAUAGCUAGUGUGAUAGGUAAGGGAGUCCGAGUGAUACGGAUGAUGGAUGUUGCUAUCCUCCAAGGAUAAUGGUUGUGCGUUUUGCCGGGUAGGCACAGUGCAAUAUGAGUCAGCUGUAUUUUUUGACGUAUAAGACAGUGAAGGUGGUGGAAGGACUUCGUAUUGUGUUGUUAGAUCUGUACAAAAUAGGUGUCAUGUUCCGCCGUCUCUAGCUUUUAGAGUGUCGAUGAUCAAUCGUCAAAUACUCCCGAAAAUAAACUAACUUUAGAUACA